AUGGAUGGGAUGAUCAUUGGCGUGGUGCUUGGGAGUGUCGUGCUGGUGGCCGUCAUCGGAAUCCUUGCCUUCCUCUGCCACAAGAGACGCUCCCUUCAACGCCGCGAAGACCGACAAUUCCUCAUCGACCAUCACAUCUCGUAUGCCUUGGGGUACUACCCCACUCUGCGUGAUCUCGACACCAACAACAAGGAGCAACGCCUUGAAGAAGGAAGAGCAGGGACAGGAGGGUUGGCAGUAUCAGAGACCACCGGUUUCGGUGGCUUCCCUCCUCCCACCCAGCCCAUGUCGCGUCUGUCUGCUCAUUACCCGAGUCCCGUGGAGGAGCUGCUCCGUGAUCCACCACCUGCCUACCAGCCCCUGCCAGCGUAUGAUCCGUCUCGAUACCAAAGGGUUGAUGCCGCCCCUGUUGGACUGGCUAUCCCCUACCAUCCUACUGUGGACCAGCAGCAGGAAAGGCCCUCGUCAUGGAUGCUGGAUCCCCCGGCUCCGAUCAUGGCUCAGCGUGAUUCCUUGGUUACGCCUCGUUUUUCCUUUCAACCUUCGCCCACGAUAGGUCCCAUGCGGGAUCUCAAUGAAGGGUCGUCUCUUCCACCAUCGAGCUUAGAUGGUGCGACACAGACGCCUCGACGACCUAAGCCGGUGCUGUCGAGGCUGGUGACUGAUCUUCGAUGA